AUGAAUCUCUUUUUUUCUCCCGCGCUGGCUCUCGCCCCAAUUCAUUUCCCCGACAACAACGAAAAACACAACACGAGCAAGAGCUCCAAAUACGUACUUCGUAUAUCCCAGAAGGAGAACGUCGAGGACGUCGGACGAGCGCCAGAGACUGCGGGGGAGCCCGAAGCGACACAGAAAAUAGAGGGAGUGAAGGAGAAGGAGGCAGGACCAGAGACCAGAGAGCGACAGGUGAAAAUAAACCCUGUUGAGUAUCAAGCCGAGUCAUCAUGGUGCAGUACAGGCCGGAGACCAACAACGAGGCAAAGCUCAGAGAUGUUCGUGCUGCGGAAGAGAUGCACCACGUCCAGCAUCAGGGGAGCCUUCAGGCGAAUCGGACGGCCCAGGCUGCUGACACCAGAAGUGCAACGCAAAGCGGCCAACACGGACAUGCACAUGUCCAUGCACCAUGACCGCAUCAAGAGCACCAAGGUCGAGCAGCUGGAGAAGAAGAGGAAGAAGCUGGAGAAGGAUGAAGAGAAGUACCGGGGGCUCGUGAAUGCGGCAUGGAUAGCGUUCCCGGUGACGAUGGUUGUGUACGUCUUGACCUGCUGCUCGUGCUGCCUUCCCGAGCUCAUGAAGGAAAAGAAGAGGAACGCCCAGCGAAAGAUCAACGUGGUGGACGCCGAGCUCCUGGCCCUCACCAACGUCAACGUCCGCAGAAACUUUGCAAUCUCCGACUCUGUCAGCGCUACGAACGAAGACCACCGUUUCACCGGGACAGCUGACCCCCACGUGGAAUCGGUGUACGCCGCGCACCCCCCGGUGUCGACGAUCACUACCACCGCCGCGCGCGCCCCGGUGUCAACGAUCACUACCACCGCUACUUGUCCGUCUGCCCCGCCGGACUAUCACGAGUAUAUGAGUAGUGUCAAGCAGGUUCACGUCCAGUAAAUACACGAGUUCACGGCGCUUCCUUUGCUCCGUGCUUCAUUCGGUCGAGGAGAGAUAUGGUGUGUCAACAUCGUCCUGUGCGUGUCUAGCGCAGGGGGGGGCGGAAGGGAGCGUUCGCCUCUUCUGCGCCCCAAUACAUCGAAACGACCAUCAAUGGUUGGACCUUACGCAUUCGAACAGAGACUGGCUGGACUUGGGCUGCCGCUUGUCGCAUGACCCCCACGUCUAGCACGUACACUGCGUAGGUGUCUGCAGUAUAUUCAAUGACGUUUGGUACAGGGUAUGUUUCCACGGUCUUUGUGUACAUAGUCUACAAGCCUAUCCGCGCGUUCAGGUGAACUACACGCGCACCGCUUUUUCUCACUUCUGCACACUUAGCUUGAUUGUUGAUGAUAUUGGUUAGCCAAUCACUCGCUCCGUAGCUUGGCUGAUUCUUCCGACGAGGUCAUGCUGCGACGUUUCCAGCUGAGACUGCAUAAUUUGUGGGCCCUCGGUCGUAAGGACGAUGGAGCCAUUUGGUGUCCC